AUGGCGCCGUCCGAGACCCCCCCCACCGCCGCGCGUCGUCUCUUCGACCACCCGUCCGUCCGCGCCAACUACGCGGACAUGACCGCCGCGUCCUCGUUCGUGUCGCAGAUGGCGAACGGGACGCUCCCUCGCGCGAAGUACGUCGCGUUUCUGUCGCAAGAUCGCUACUUUCUCUUCCACUUCAACCGCGCGUACGCGUCCGCGCUCGCGCGCGCGCCCGGGAUCGAGCAGCAGCGCACGUUCCACGCGCUCAUCGGCGGCGUCUUGGACGAGCUCAAGCUUCACGAGGACGCGUGCGCGCGGUGGGGCGUCGACGACGGCGCGCUCGAGACGAUACACCCCGCGUCGAGAGCGUACGUCGAUUUCCUCACCGCGCUGCAAUCGCCGGACGUGCCCAUGGACGAGCUCGUCGCGGGGAUGACGCCGUGCAUGCGCCUGUACGCGGCGCUCGGGAGGGACUACCUCGACCGCGGGCUCGUCGCGGAGGGGUGCGCGUACAGAGAGUGGUUCGACGCGUACGGCGGGGACGAGAUGGGGGCGCUGGCGGCGUCGUUGGAGGCGCUGUUGCCGGAGGACAUCGUCGCCGGCGGCGGCGUGGAGGCCAACUAUAUGCGCGCGAUGGAGCUCGAGCGCGAUUUCUUCGCCGCGCACGCGUAG